UCGCGGUCGCCGUGGCCGCUCAGCUGCUUCCGGGGGGAGAAAUGGCGAGCGCCGCGGGCUCGGGACGGUGGUCCCUGGUCCUGUUGGUUCUGGCGGGGUUCGCCGCGCGGUCGGACGCCGUGUCGGAGCCGGGCAAGUGGAUCCUGAACGUGGACGGCGACAUCCUGAAGAGGCAGCCGUUUUUCCUUUUCACCAAGACUCUGUUCAACAACACCUACAUUAGAAUGACACUUCUGUCAGAGAACUGUGAUGCUGCAGUUCAGCUCAACGUCUCCUGGUACCUGCGAAACUCCCACUGUUACGACGAAGUCUUCGGGUUAGAUCCAUCGUCGGCAGGAAGUUACUUCAGGCUGACGACGGUCAAACCGCAGGGAGGAAGUGGAUACUUUGUUUAUCACCAGUACCCUCUGGUCACCUGCCAGACCAGCAUCAACCCGCACACGUUCAGCGUGGAUGUGUUUGAUCAGCCCAUCAGGCUCACGGAGACAACACUGCCUGAGGCCAUCACAGAUAAGCCUCCAAGCAGGAGGAGGAGAGAAGGGGAGCCUCCUCAACCCAAGGCUGCUGCUGUUGAGAAGAAGCAGGCAUUGGAUUCUAAUGCGUCAGUCGUUUCGGAGAAGGUUGUUUCUAAAGAGGCAGUGAAGCAGCCUCACUUUGAUGCGGUGGGGAAGAGUUGGGAGGAUGGACCCUACAUGUUCAUCCUUCACAUCAGAGAGUUGAGGGACAGGAACCGAGCCCCGGACCCUGGGGCCAACAACCCCACGCCCUGGAGCUUACAACUUCAAAUCAGCAUGCAGGGUCCCCAUGACUACAUAUCUGCCUCCAAAUGGCCGCUGAUGGUGUUCUACAUGGUGAUGUGUAUUGUGUACAUCCUGAUGGCGGUCCUGUGGUUGGUUCUGUUGGCCUGUUAUUGGCGAGAUCUGUUGAGGAUCCAGUUCUGGAUCGGAGGCGUGAUUUUCCUGGGCAUGUUGGAAAAAGCCGUGUACUACGCGGAGUUUCAGAGCAUUCGAUAUGACGGACUUUCAGUCCAGGGGGCGGUAGUGUUUGCAGAGGUGCUGUCUGCAGUUAAGCGAACCCUGGCCAGGGUGCUGGUGAUCAUCGCUAGUCUGGGAUACGGCAUCGUCAAGCCCAGACUAGGUGCGUUGCUCCACAGAGUGGUGGGCGUUGGUCUUCUCUACCUGAUCUUCUCCAUCGUAGAGGGAGUCCUACGGGUCCAUGCUGAUCUUGGUGAUAACACCAGCAGCAGACUGCUGUGUGACUUGGUGCUGGCCUUCACCGACUCCUGUGUCGUCUGGUGGAUCUUUGUGAGUCUGGCGCAGACCAUGAAGCUUCUACGACUGCGGAGGAAUGUGGUGAAGCUUUCCCUCUACCAGCACUUCACCAACACACUCAUCUUCGCUGUCAUAGCAUCAGUCAUCUUCAUCAUCUGGACCACAAAGACCUUCAAGAUGACCAAAUGCCAAUCUGACUGGAGGGAGCUGUGGAUUGAUGAUGCUUUCUGGCGUUUCCUGUUCUCCACUAUUCUACUGGUCAUUAUGUUCCUAUGGCGACCGUCGGCCAAUAACCAGAGGUAUGCGUUCAGCCCUCUAGUGGACGAAGAGAGCGAUGAAGAGGAGAAGGAACCCAUGAUGAAUGAAGCAUUUGAGGGGAUGAAGAUGAGGGGCAUGAAGAAUGAGACCAACGGUACAGCCAAACCUAACAAAGUGGAUGAGGAUCUGAAGUGGGUGGAGGAGAAUAUCCCCUCAUCCAUGGCAGAUGUGGCCCUGCCUCCUCUUCUGGACUCUGAUGAGGAAACCAUGACCACCAAGUUUGAGAUGUCCAAGAUGGAGUAGGAGGAGAAGGGGGAACAGAUGGAGGGAUUCUGACAGAAGAGGACAACACGUCUGUGAAGAUUUCAGUGCAGGAAAUGGAUGGAUGGACGGAAUCAGCCGUGGAGGACCUGUGUGUCAGAGAAGACGGACAAACUGAUGGACAGUUAAAGGGCAGGGAUGAGUUAAUGCAGAGAAGAGCGAGUGAAUGUGGACCUACAGGAGUGAUGGAUGGAUAGAGGCAACAUGGAGAAGAAAGGAUGUAUACCUUGAUUGGGUUUUUUUGUUUUGUUUUAAUUAACCAGCCAAGUGUGUGUGUCUAAGCAAAACAAACAAGCUUUGACCCCUGACCUUAGGAGCUUCGUAAGCCUUGUUUGUACAAAUCAGUGACAGCAGCAACUAGGUCCUCUCUCGCCAUGUGGUUUUGUUGAUACUUUGUACAUCAGGUGGUUUCUCAGUGGCGUCGUUUGAGACUGACUCACAGCGGCUUUCUUAGUUUACAUGUCGAAAUGUGAUGAAACUUUGCGUCUGGUUUUAUUUUUUCCGUUUGGCGGUCAGGUAGGACCUCCUUGUUGCUCCUUCGGUGUGAUUUCGUUUCAUUUUCCUUCCCUCAGACGCGCUGAAAUGUGAGCGGCGGAAGUGUUUUUUCUUUCUUCUCUUAAUGUCCUGCUUGUUUUGUACUCGUGCAGCCUCGGAAUCACUUCUGCUCGGAGGUCCUUUGUCUCCCAGCAAGCUCGACACCAACGGAAGUCUCGACCGACGUCUCGUGCUUAUGCCCCGUUUGAAGCCUUCUGUUGUCUCCACGGUAACCAGAGGCUGUCCGACAUGGCCGCCGUCAGGGCGUUGUGAAUCCGCUCUGUGGCGACGGUCACCACGCGGAGGAGAUGCCUCCACCGCCCUGUCAGAAGACUUCUGCCAGAGGCGCUUCCUCACCGCUGAGUUGCGUCUUUGGCCCCACAACCAUUCCAGUUUUAGUCGGUGGCACUAAAACCAUGUCGUCCUUCGUAACGUCCUUUUUCUGAUUUAUUGCUAAUGAUCCGCGCUGUUCCACCUGUCCUCCUGCACGGCGGCUCGGCCACACUCCUCUUGUCCCUUCACAGAAGCCGUCGAUGUUCUCUGAGACUCGUUUGUGGAAGAACCAACUUCCACGAAGGCCAAACAACAAUGUGGCGCAGUGGUUAGCGCGGUUGUCUCAGCAAGAAGGUCCUGGGUUCGAGCCCCGGGGUGGUCCAACCUUGGGGGUCGCCCCGGGUCGUCCCGUGUGUGGAGUUUGCAUGCUCUCCCUGUGUCUGCGUGGGUUCCCUCCGGGGGCUCCGGUUUCCUCCCACAGUCCAAAGACCUGUAGGUCAGGUGACUCGGCCUUACUAUUAAAUUGCCCCUCGGUAUGAAUGUGUGUAUGUGUGUGUGUGAUGGCCUGGUGGCCUGUCCAGGGUGCCUCCCCACCCGCUGCCCAAUGACUGCUGGGAUAGGCUCCAGCAUCCCCGCCACUCCAACAGCAGGAUAAGCGGUUCGGAUAGUGGAUGGAUGGAAUCUGUUGUUCACAUUACAGGGGGGAAAAGGCUCUAAAAUCUCCUCGAGUAGUCAAGAACACCCGUAUAGUAGCCCGAUAGUCUCACACACACACACACUGACACACAACACACACAGGUAAAAAGGACUAUCAUCCACAUAUAGCGCAAAUUACUCAAUACACUCUUUGUUAAGAUUAGAUGUGUGUCUGUAGUUGCUUGCAGGUAUCUCUGUGUGUGUGUGGCAUCUAUAGUGACUCGUGCAGAUGAAGCGUCCCAUGCACUAUCCUUACCGCCUCUCAGCCAAUCAGACGUCAGCGACAAGCCUCUGAUGCCGUCCCUGUUUAACACUUUGACCCCCGGGGGUCACGGCCGCGCCUCCACGAGACAGGACGAACACCAGGGGUGGGUUGGGUUUCUUUUGUGCGUGUGGUCUUUUUGCAGUUGGUUUGAACUAAAGGACGCGUGGGACCCCCGUCUGUUACCGACCGGGCAGAAACACGUGUUCUGCCGAUGGAAAACCUUCCAGCGGGCCGUGGUCCUGAUCACUGAACCGUUAUGACGUCAUCCAGGGUUCCUCAUUAGGAAAAGAGGAACCCAUCUGGAAUAAUGAGUGUAAGAAACGCCAUCAGAGUAGCCGUUCCUGUCCGGGGAACGGGCUCUGGGUUUCCUGUUUACCAAAGACUUAAGUUAGCUGACUUUUAAAACAAGUCGUUCCUGUUUGAUUUUGUGCAAUGGAUUGUUUUUGUUGGGAGUCGCGUUUUGUUUCUCCUCCUCCAGACUGAACGUGUUUGAUUUCCACUGCGGCUUCACGCCACUUUGCUUCCGUUCUGCAGAAAGACGGCGAGGCGAAGGCGUGUCGUUUGGGUUGUAAAUAAAUAAACAGUUGAUAAUAAAAAGGAAAGAGUUGAUUACAACCUCA